AUGGCACCACGCCCUGCUGUCAAUCGCCGCCAGGCGGUUGAAAGACCCAUGCGAGCAGGCCGCAUUUCCAAGACAAAGAAAGAACAAGCCAUCAUCAAAGUCUCAUCGAAUCAGCUGGAAGUUGCGGUCAAUGAUCAAGCUCUUGAGCCAGUUUAUGGCACACCGCCAGCCUGGGCAGAGGGCCGUCAACAACUUUGUGAUGCGAUUCCUUGGUUUCGCUGCACUCAAGGUGCAAUGUAUCACACCGAAGGUUUCUGCUAUGGCUUCCUCGUUGAUGCCGAUGGUGGCACCCGCACUUAUAUCGACGAGGAAAUCAUCAUUACCAGAAUAGGUGGAUGUUGCACCAAAGACUCGGGGGGCAACCUAACUCUCGAAAAGAACCAAGACCCGGAGAAUGCACUCGUCCAAAGCAUCAUCGCCAGCCAAGAGUCCAAGCUUGCCGUUGGUCUUGUUAUUGGGAGCAAGAACAAGAUGCUCAACCGAGAACUUCCGCAUCGGUACAACAUUAUGGACUGGUUCCGUGUUACCAAUGUCUGGUUUGAAAAGAUUGGCAAGAAACACGGAGUCAAGGUUCGCUUUGAGAAACUGAACCUCGCGGAAAAGAGCUGGUGGGCUGCCAAAGACUCUCUCCCUCCGCUCCCCCUUGAUAAACGGGAUUUUGAAACAAAGCCCGAGACACUCAAGUGUGAGAAAUGUUCCACGGAAAGUGUUCGUUUGUACGAGGAUGGUUGGAUGUGUCUGGACCCUGGUUGCGUCGACUUCUGGAAGAUUAACAGCGCCUCCCCUCCCGCUGAGCUCACUUUCAAUCCUGAUUUUCUGAGCUUUCGCAGUCGUCCGGAUCCAGCAAUCCAGCCACACUACAGUCUAGUUCCUGAUCUUCUGUCCACACUGGAUGAGAAUGCUGCAGAUGUCAGCACAUCUCGUAUCGCAUGGAAGGGAAUUGUGUGCCCUAUGUGUUUCAAAUGUACCCGACGAACGUUCUGGCAAGGCUGGAAAUGCGACGAUGAUACUACCAACGGUGAAAAGCCUGCGAAUAGUUGCCCGUUCCAAAAAUUCAUGAACAUGAACCCCGUUUCGCUCCGGGUCGUCGUCGACCAUUUCGAGCUGGCCCCGAUCAAGCGAGCAAUCCUUUUUGACAAGAAGUUUAGCAUUCCAGACAUUGACGACAAUGCCUUCUUCCCUUACCGGAAGCUGACUUACAAACUCGACGGAGUUGGCUCGAUUACCCACUUUGUGUCUAACAAAGCAAUCAAUAGCCGGGCGAAUGGACCGGAUGACCUUUUCAUCAGUCUCCAACGUGGUGAUAUUGGUCUUAAGCGAUUCCGGCUCCAGGCCAGUCUAGCAGUUGCGGGUACACUAACCUCACAUUUCGCGGUCAACUACGGUAUGCCCUACAAAUACGUUGUGUCUGUUGAUUCCAAGGGCUUUGAUGAAGCACCCAAUGACAUGCUCCACGCUCUGGGCCGUUUGUCAUGGGCAACUGAAAAGGCAGUCGUCUCUUCUGGUGAUCAAUAUUCACCUCCAAAUGAGCUACUGACGCUCGGCUAUUUCGAGGAAAUGAAGAUCGGAUUCCACGAUGAUGGCGAGUCCUCGCUGGGCCCCAGUAUUGCCACACUAUCCCUCGGAGCGAAAGCAACCAUGUUCGUCCGUAUGAAGUAUAAGUACUUCAACGGCUCUACCCGAAGAGCUGAACCCAAGCAAAUUGGCACUCUCCUGGAAGAUGAUCCCGUUCUGAAAGAUUGCAUGUUUGAGGGCGAGCGCCGAGCACUGAAGGAGAAGUUCGAUGCUGGUGAAAUCUCGCAAGACGAGUAUGAUGACUCUCGUCGUGCUCUAUCGAUGGGCCGCAAAGGAAAAGAGGCCCCCAUUACCAUCAAGAUGGAACUCCAUCAUGGUGAUCUAGUUGUUAUGCACGGAGAGAACCUCCAGAAGUACUACGAGCAUUCCGUGGUGCCUGAGAACAAGUUGCGCUUUGCUUUGACCGCGAGAUACGUUAAGCCCGGCCAUGUUGAUGCGAGAGAGAUCGAGAAAGGCCAUUUCUCACUCACACCUGAUCAGAUCUACGAUGGGAAGUGA